GUUUGGUUUGCUUUUCUAUACUUUUCACAUAGUAAACGUAGUAAAAUCAAAGCAAGGCUAGCAGAAUCUAAAGAGCCACGGGAUGGAGGCUAGUUUGAAUACAGAAUACCUGAGCGCUCCACAGUUUUCUGUCUUAUCAGAUAAAGGUAAUAAUGCUACUGAAUAUGCAGUGCAGUAUCCAGCAUCUGCCGUGCAAGCCGAGAUAAGUGUGGAGGGGAGUGGCGAAGGUCGUCAGCUCGGUGCCAAUGUUUAUCCAACUCCAGACCCGAGUAAGCAACAGAAUCGUGUAGAUGCAUUCGGCUACUGUAGCUAUGCUCCAUCCCGAGCUUUUAGAGAAAAUUGUGUUUCUCAAGUGUUUGGCUGUGAUUCUAAUGAAAACAACUGUCUAACAAACAGCAGCGAGGUAGCUGGCAGUCAGCGAUAUGCAGUCAAACCCAGCACUUGGUGCACGCCAGGCCCAUCCGAGUUUCAAUAUUCAAAUAUUGGCAAUGCUGCAAAUGACCUUAGCUUGCAACGUAAUACAGCUGGAACGGAUGACAUUUAUCCAGAAGAAAGCCAAGCGGAGUUUCAAUAUUUAAAUACAGCCAAUGCUGGCAAUGACAGUGUGCAUCGUAAUACGGCUGAAUUGAGUGACUUUGAUCCACAAGAGAGCCCAGAGGGCGCCUCAUACUUGGAAAAUCAAGCAACUGAGAGAUGGUAUCACAGCUUGAAUACAAAUUCAGAUCGAUUUUAUGCAAGCCCUCGCCUAAGUGAGGACUUUUAUCAUAAUGCGAAUUCGCUGCAAAGCCACAAUGAUUACACCUCCAAUUAUCAAUAUUCAUACGGCAAGGGCAAUAACUUUAAUCACUUCCCAAACGGAACGCUCAUGGACACAUUCUUCCCGAGAGGCGUGAACGAAUACCCUGCCUAUUUCAAUGAGAACUUGUCUCUGUGCGACUAUUAUGAAGGUGGCAAUGCGCAAUGGGCUGUUGAAGAAAAUUACCCAUACGGAAGUGUGAACCAACCUCAGCCAGACUACGCCAAAUGAAUUUGUUCCAAAUCAACUGGGUUUCGUUCAGUUUUUGGCUCUUUGCGAAAAUUGCAAAUCGAUAAUUAUCUAGGCUGCAUUUAAGACAGCUCAGAGCGUAUGUAAAUUUCAAAAUGAAUCCAAAAUAUAAAUGAG